AUGUCCUGCCCCAGAGAGAAGCCCGAGACCCCGCGGCAGCCUAAGUGCACCCGCUGCCGGCACCACGGGCUCGUAGUCCCGCAGAAAGGCCACGCCAAGAAGUGUCCGUUCUCCCGGUGCUGCUGCUGGAAGUGCCGCCUCAUCACGGAGCGGACCCGCAUCAACGCGAUGCAAAGACAGCUGGAGAGAGGCCCGGGGGAGGCCGAGGCCAGAGGGAUCCCCAAGGCCAGCGAGCCACCUGAGGCCCCUAGCCGAACCGUGACCAGAGCUCCACCAGCGGACAGCAGAGACCCGGACCCUCCGCGGGAGCCAGAUCCACCACAAAGUCAGUCUAAGUGA